AUGUCUUCGCACUUUUUGACCACGUCACGUCACAAAAACGUGUUUCGAUUGCCUUCGAUAUCCACUCUCCCAACGCACGCGCUCACCAUGUCCUCCGUCACUUUCCACGCCCUCCCGCCCUCAGCCAACUCCUCCUGCACGCGCUGUGUCCUCAAAUGCGGCGGCAUCGACUUCGAGGAGGUGAACGCCUACGGUCAGACGCGCACUCCGGAGUACCUCGCCAAGUUCCCGACGAACCUCGCUCCCGCGAUCGAGCACGACGGGGCUUGCGUGAGCGAGACCAACGCCAUCGCGCGAUACCUCUGCGGCGCGUUCCCCGACAAGGCUGGCAAGUUCUACCCCGGCGACGCCAAGUCCAAGGCGAAAGUUGACAUGGUCACAGAGUACACGGGCAUCACCCUCUACAACUACCUCGCCAAGGCGACCUACCCGACCAUCGGCUUCCCUCUCUACGCCGGCGACGUCGCCGCGACCGAAGCGCUCAAGGACCACGUCGCGGGAUCCCAGGAGGCCGCCGCCGCCGAGCUCCUCAACCUCAUCAACGACAAGUACGUCAACAACUGGCUCAAGGACUCCACCUUCCUCUGCGGCGAUGAGCCCACCAUCGCCGAUUUCAGAUUCGCGCCGAUCAUGUACUUUGCCCGCGUCGCCGUCGUGCUCCCGGAGAGGAUCGUCAAGUACCUCGACGACAUGGAGACCAAGGUGCCGGGUUUCAAGGAGGCCACCGAGGGUCCCCGAGGAUUCACCGCCGACAAGGUCAAGGCCUAA